AACAAAAGAAAUACACACCUCGGGGCCAUCACAUCACAAUCAUCCUCAUUUGCUUUGCUCCGACUUUCUUAAAAAAGGUUAAAGAAAGAAAGUAGCGACAGCAAAGCAAAAACCAAAUCAAACCCAAUUUCGCCUUUUUCAUCUUCUUCCAGACGGAAUAUCCAAUUGUUCCUUCACAAGGCCCAUUCGCAGAACCAGAAAAAGGCCACGACUUUGAAGAAAAUUCAUCUGGCAAAUUGAAAAAAAUAUCGAGAUUGGCUCAAAGAAUUUAAGAAUUAAAAUAUGGGUCUCUUCAGGGAGAGACUCUCGUCAUUCUUCAAUAAUCGAUGGCUGGUGUUUGUGGCUGCAAUGUGGAUACAAUCUUGUGCCGGAAUUGGAUAUUUGUUCGGCAGCAUAUCGCCGACUAUAAAGAGCUCUUUGAAUUAUAAUCAGAGGCAGGUCGCGAGGUUGGGGGUGGCUAAGGAUUUGGGCGACAGCGUUGGGUUUUUGGCCGGCAGUUUAUCGGAGAUUUUGCCGUUGUGGGCCGCUCUUUUAGUUGGGGCUAUUCAGAAUUUUAUUGGGUACGGUUGGGUUUGGCUUGUCGUCACGGGGAAAGCCCCGGUCUUGCCAUUAUGGGCUAUGUGCGUUCUCAUCUUCAUCGGCACAAACGGCGAGACCUACUUCAACACGGCCGCGCUCGUCUCGUGCGUGCAGAACUUCCCCAAGAGCCGCGGGCCCGUCGUCGGCAUCCUCAAGGGCUUCGCGGGCCUCGGCGGAGCCAUCCUAACCCAAGUAUACGCAGUCAUGCACUCCUCCCCAGACCACGCUUCCCUCAUAUACAUGGUCGCCGUGGGGCCCACGAUGGUGGUCAUCGCCCUCAUGUUCGUCGUCCGUCCAGUCGGCGGCCACAAGCAGAUCCGGCCCUCGGACAGCCUCAGCUUCUCAAUAAUCUACGGCGUGUGUCUCGUCCUCGCUUCAUACCUCAUGGGCGUCAUGCUCGUCGAGGACAUGGUCGACUUGAACCGAACAGUCGUCAAGAUUUUCACGAUUGUUUUGUUCGUCAUUUUGCUCGCCCCUGUGGUCAUCCCCGUCUCGUUGACUUUUUUCGGCGGGUCAAGGACGAGGGCUUCCCCUUUGGAGGAGUCUCUCUUGGGAGAUGAUGACUCGGUGAAGAAUGGCUCAGGGGAGGAUGUGAUAUUUAGUGAGAUGGAAGAUGAGAAGCCGAGGGAAGUGGAUUUGCUGCCAGCUGGCGAGAGGCAGAAGAGGAUUGCACGGCUGCAGGCGAGGCUGGCUCAGGCGGCGGCGGAAGGGGCGGUGAGGAUUAAGAAGAGGCGGCCGCAUAGAGGGGAGGACUUCACGUUGGGGGAGGCGUUGAUUAAGGCGGAUUUUUGGCUGAUAUUUUUCUCGCUGCUGUUGGGGUCGGGGUCGGGUUUGACGGUGAUUGAUAACUUGGGGCAGAUGAGCCAGUCGUUGGGUUAUGAUAAUACGCACGUGUUUGUGUCGAUGAUUAGCAUUUGGAACUUUCUUGGCCGUGUGGGUGGUGGCUACUUCUCUGAGAAAAUAGUGAGGGACUACGCAUAUCCAAGGCCGGUGGCAAUGGCCGCAGCCCAAGCAAUAAUGGCAAUCGGGCAUUUCUUCUUUGCCAUGGGCUGGCCAGGGGCAAUGUACUUGGGUACACUCCUUGUCGGGCUGGGCUACGGUUCCCACUGGGCCAUUGUGCCAGCUGCUGCCUCAGAACUGUUUGGGUUGAAAAAAUUCGGUGCUUUAUACAAUUUCCUAACCUUAGCAAACCCAGCAGGCUCGUUGGUCUUCUCGGGCCUUAUUGCCAGCAGCAUUUACGACCGGGAGGCUGAAAAACAGGCCCAAGGGCACAAUCACGGGCAACGAAGUCUAUUUUCUUCCUUUUCAGGUUUUGUUUUUGCCGAGGAUCCUAUGAAGUGUGAAGGGGCCGUUUGCUUCUUCUUGACUUCAAUGAUCAUGUCUGGUCUUUGCAUCAUAGCAGUUGUUUUGAGCAUGAUUCUCGUGCAACGGACUAAGCCUGUCUAUGCCCACCUCUAUGGAAGGUCUCCGAGGUAAACUUUUACCUGUUAAAUGAUGGUUUGUGUCAAAAUGGGGUUUUUGCGGUUUAUUGUGCGAGUGAAAGGGUUCUUUUGUGUUGGAUUUUUUUUAGACAAGCCAUCGGUUUUAUAUUAUGUUUGGGUGAAGAAGUUAUGAGAGUUUGGGACAGAUGUUUUCCAUAUAUAUACAUGGUAGGGAGAAAGAUGACGAUCUUGAUGAUUGUCGAUUAUAUUUAUUUCGUUUUAAAGAACUGUCUUGAGCUCGAGUGUAAUUGGUCGAUGUUUGUAUCGGUUCGGUUUUAGAUGUUUUUUGAACUCAAUGAAAUUCUUUUUGGUACUCUGUGGACAAGUUGCUUAAGGAGUUUCUUAAGCUGUUGUUGUACUCUCCUUGUGAAACAUCUUUUUCUUUUUUUAUUCUGUGCUGCCUAUCUUUUCAAUUUCUUAUGUUACUAUGCUUCAAUAAAAU